AUGGUCAGAUCAAACAGCUCCCCUCAUUCGGAACGAGAAUCAUGCCCUUCGGUCGGGAUGCGUGAAAUCAAGGAGAAAGCUCGCCUGGUUGGCAGGGCCCCUAAAGUUUUUGCACUGUCCAGCCAAGUCCUCGGAUUUUUAUCCCUACUCAGGGAUGUGGGGAAUCACGCGAACCAACGGCAUACCGAGUACCUAGUCAGUUGGGUGGCUCACGAUCAGUGGAAAACAUUUUUCGAACCUUGGCUGAAGAGCUGCAUGGAAGACCUCAUUAUACACCCUAGGUCUUCGUCAUCUGAUAUGGAAAUUGCACGGGAAACCGCAAUGGAAAACAUUUCUUGGUUCUUCCGCAACAUUGUGCGCAAGAAACAGCCUAUGCCAAAUCUCUCCAACGAUAGCCCUCAUCGUGUCGUGGACUCGCGGGUCUUGAAGCAGAUUCAAGAUCACCUGAAAGAACUCAUCGUAGUCUGUUGGGAAAAGGUCGCUGAAGAGAAACCUGCUAUCACAUGCUGGGGCCCAUGGUCAGACUUAGUCUUGUUGGUGGAGCCAGAAAUAGGUCUGGCGACCAAGAGGCGUGACUCCAUGCAAACCAGGGCGUUUGGUACCCUUGGCCUCAAUUUUCACUCGAAAUUCGCAUCGGGACUCGAGCGUUUGGCCCAGGAAAUCCCUAGCAUGAGCUCCGAUGAUCUGCUCAAUGUCGCCAAUAUCCUGCUCGUCCUGUUUGGAAGGAUCUUCGCCGCGAGGUCUUACGAGGGGCCACAUGAUCUCGAGCUUGUGCUUAAACUUGUACAAGGUGUGACGUCCCUCCUCACUGCUCAUAUGCAAGACGUUGGAUGUGAAGGUGUUCGAGCUGUCGUAGACGCAGGAAUCCUGAAGCUAUUUCUGACGGCCCAUCCGUUGUUCACGAGCGAUUCUCUUUUUCAAACUCUUUGGACCGAUCUACUUGAAACGAUUACUCGAUUCCUUGUGUAUCCAGACAUUCUACACCGGUUCUUACAAGCCAGGAGGAGACUGGUCAAGCGUGGGUUGGAUGAUGAUACGGUCACCAUUCCUGAGCCCUGCACUCCCUGGAACCGGGCGAAGGUGAAAGCUUUUGGUGUCCGUCAGCUACGCCGUACAAUGAAUGUCGAAGAUGCGCUGCAUGUCUGUGCAAACCAUCCGAAGUGUUCUUCAGCAGAUUCCUCAACUCCGUUCAAACGCUGUUCACGUUGCGAAAAAGUCAGCUAUUGUUCGUACGCUUGCCAAAAGUCGCACUGGAAUGUGAGUCAUAGAGAUGAAUGCCUGAAAAUCCGCAAUAAUCUAUAUCUUACGAUGGACACUCGCCACUUCCUGAAAUGCUUUGCUACAACCACCCUCUCUCUACAUACUUCCGCGCUAAGACUGUGCAUGGCCGCGUAUGCCUCUGCCAUAGACCCCUUAACCACUGAAGAUGACAAACGUAUUCGAAUGAAUGCUGCAAAUCCGUUCAUCUUCUUGAAUCUUGACAUACCCGGCUUGCCUACUUUAGAAAGUUUUGAGGUCCUUAAUGUGCAUGGCUUCGUAGAUUUGAUGGAGAAGACUUUAGCACCACGCAGCGUGCCGUUUAUUCAGGAUAUCGUAGCCGAAUGGCGCGAAACCACAAUCAACGACGUAUACAUCUUCUCAAGGUUUCCUGUGACACUGGAAGACACCGACGUCUCCGUUUUGGGUUUUGUUUGGAGAUUGGACGGCCACAUCAUAUUCCUGUAA